CUGCAUUCAUGACCACUAAUUCUGUAUUCAACUCAAAAACAGAAGUCAAAAAUCACAAACAGCAACCUCCCAAUUUAUAGCACCUCCCUCUUGAUUUAUUCAAACACCUCAAAGCUCAUUCAUGCCCUCAUGCCCAUCUCCUGUUGCUUCUGCUUCUUUCUUUCAUCAGUCUAAUCUCCUCACCCAACAAUAUAACUUAGCCUCCCCUCCCCACUCUCAUUCAACACUAACACAAUACAUACUGGAUAAACAAAAUAUUAUGGCUGCUUGUGAUAGCCUCAGCCAACACAUCUUUGAAAACUCUUUACCACAAAACCCAUCUUUGCUUGAUUCCAUCUCUCCAUGGAAUCAAAUCAAGCCUAUCAAUUCCACCUUCAUUGACAUGUUUGGUGAACUUCAUAUUAAAGAAAGUUCCUCUUCACCUUCUUCCUCCUCAUCUCCUCCCCCUCCCAUGUCAUCUUCUUCGUCUUUUCUUGAUAUAAACCCACACCCACAUGGUGACAAGACUCCCAAUCUCUACGAAGGGAACAACAAGAGCUCCUCAUCACUCAACUUAUUCGCUAACACCUCAAACAUCAAAUACACCAGCUGUCCAUUAAUGAAUUCUGAAAGCUUGCAGCUAUGCACGGAGGGGCUUGGUUCUGAAAGCUCAGAUGAUGUUGAGGACUUAAAGAGUGAGAUAAGUAAAGACUGGCAGACGCAACAGGAGAGCAUAAGUAUUGCAAAGCAUUCUCCAACACAGAAUCUAUGCGGUGAUUUCAGGAGGUCAAGAACAUGUGGUGGAUCAUUUCCUCCUCCAAUUUCUUGUAUAGGGAAGUGCGGAAAGCCUUGGGUCUGCUUCAAGUCUUACAGGCAUGAUGGCAGAUUUGUCCUUAAAGAGAUAAGAAUGCCAAGCAAAGAAUUUUUGCAUGCAUGCAGAGAAGAUGGGCGUCUAAAGCUGCAGUUUAUUCAGCCAAAUGAUGAUAUUCUGGAACUUGAAGAAGAGGAUUCCGAGGAUGUAGAAGUCGAUGAGGAAGAGGACAAUGAAAACUUCAAUGACGCUGAAGAAGACAAAAGAAGAAAGCAAGUUGAAGAUGACUCAUAACAGGCAGGAAAAUUCAAGGAGAAACGCUAUUAGUUCUAUUUGUCUUUCCAAAGGGGUAUGCAAAUAAGCAGGGAACAGAAGAAAUGAAAUCAACUUUGCUGCUCUGAGAUCAUCUUUCUUCCUUCACAACUCCAAAAAAAACAAAAAGGAAAAAAAGAAGACUCUUUUAACCAAAUCAAGUCCGGCGAAUCACAUCUUCUUUACAUUCUGAAAUCAGAAGGAAUUAUUACAUUUGUCAUAAUUUCAUUCAAUCAAAGCACUUCAUUUGGCAAGUAUAUAGAUUUACAACAUAAGAAAAUUAAGGAUUUUCUUACCGAGAUA